AUGAGGUUAAAUUCAACUUUAUCUUAUUUCAUUCUUGAAGGUUAUUUACAUGUAGGAACUUUGAGAUACUUGUAUUUUAUGUUAACUGCUGUGACGUAUAUUUCCAUCGUUCUUUCCAACGUGUUGCUGGUAGUGGUGAUCUGUGUGAACAGAAGUCUUCAUGAACCCAUGUACCUGUUUCUGUGCAGCCUGUUUGUUAAUGAACUGUAUGGUAGUACAGGCUUGUUCCCGUUCCUGCUGCUUCACAUCCUGUCGGACUCUCACACUGUUUCUGUUCCUUUUUGUUUCCUGCAGGUUUUCUGUUUUUUCACAUAUGCAAAUGUAGAGUUUUAUAAUCUAUCCAUCAUGUCGUAUGACAGAUACCUCGCUAUCUGUUGUCCUCUGCAGUAUAACACACGUAUGAGCUCUAACAAAGCGUUUAUCGUUAUAAUUUUCAUAUGGUUUUACUCGGUUGUGAAAUGUCUCAUUACUUUAUCUUUAAGUAUCCGUUUGACUCUGUGUGGAAACAGGUUGAACAGUUUGUAUUGUCAUAACUACCUUGUAGUGAAGUUGGCGUGUUCUGACACCACAGUGAAUAAUAUCUAUGGACUGUUUGGUGUUGUUCUAACCGUCUUAGUUCCUCUGCUUCUCAUCCUUUUCUCCUACAUGAAGAUUCUUAAAGUUUGUUUUUCUGGCUCCAAACACAUGAGACAAAAAGCCGUCAGCACCUGCUCACCUCAGCUGGUGUCUCUGCUCAACUUCUCCUUCGGCUGUUCCUUUGAGAUCCUUCAGAGCAGGUUUGAUAUGAGCAGUGUUCCCACUGUGCUGCGGAUCGUCCUCUCUCUGUAUUUCCUCGUCAUCCAGCCGCUGUUGAAUCCUCUCAUGUUUGGAAUGCAAAUGUCAAAACUACGAAAUGCAUGGAAACGUGUUCUGUGUGAUAGAAAACCGACAGACGCGAAGAACCAUGAGUCACAAUAA